AUUAAUCUAAAGAACUUUAAUUUUCAUACACUUCACUUAUACAAAAUUUCUAUCUCACUUUCACUUUUUUUUAUAAUUUUUUCUUCCUUUCAUAACAUUCGCUCUUUCAUUUUUGUUUUCUUAUUUCAUUAUAUAUAUAUAUAUAUAUAUAUAUAUAAACAUUUUCCCAAUCUAAAACAAGCGAUAAGAAAGGGAGGAACAUGAGGUCCAAAUCUCAUCCAAUGCACUGUUAGGAUAAGAGGAGAAUCUAGAAUGCACAAUACCAUUGGACAUCAAUUCUCCGACGUGGCUUUUCCAAAUAUAUUCCAAACGCAGAAUGCUAACCGCAUUCCUCCUCAGCUGCAAGAAAUCAACACCACGUCACAAGGUUCACCUCAUCAUCAAUGGCAUCAACAAUAGCAGCAAUGGCAAUGAUCAACACAAAGUGCCUCAACACAGGGUCACCAAAGUUCCCAAACCCCACCAAGCUCAUAACUUCGAAAAAACCCAUUUCCCUUCUUUCCCUUCAGAACCUCCCAAAGGGCAUGGCAUCAAGAAAACCCACAGAAAACACAAAACUUUCAAGCCCCAUAACAGGCACAGCAAUUGCAGGAGCCAUUUUCUCAACACUUGCAAACUGUAACGCCGCUUUUGCUGCGCAGCAAAUAGCUGAUAUAGCUGAAGGCGAUAACCGUGGGCUUGCACUGUUGUUACCCAUAAUUCCAGCCAUAGCUUGGGUUCUGUUCAACAUUCUGCAGCCAGCACUUAACCAACUGAACCGCAUGCGCAGCACCAAAGGGGUGAUGAUUGGGUUGGGUCUUGGGGGGUUGGUGGGUUCAGCGUUGGUGUCAGCACCAGAUGCUUCGGCUAGUGAAAUUGCUGCAAUUGCUGAAGCUGCUAGUGACAACAGAGGACAGCUUCUUCUCUUUGUGAUAACACCAGCUAUACUUUGGGUGCUCUACAAUAUUUUGCAGCCUGCUCUCAACCAGCUCAACAGAAUGAGAUCCGAGUGAUUUCCUUAUAUAAUUCAAAUAAUAGGCUCUCUUUUUUCUUCUUCUUUUUGUGGGGGUGUAUGCAGUGGGAUCUCAUACAUCAAUUCUCAUGUAACUUGUAUCUAAUGCUAUAUUUCCUUUUCCUUUUUUGUCUUGCCCUUCUAUUUAUUCUGUUCCUAAGCCAGUUUUUUUCUUCUUGCUGCAACUGAUAUGCUGCCUGAGAUCUGAUUUAUCCAUACCCGUGAUUGAAUAUUGAAUAUUGAAUUUAUGACAAAUUUGACACUUUUU